GUCGCAACCUCGACUUGUACACAGCUCUAAUAUGAAACAUUUGAUCCAUACUCUUUGCGAGACUGAUUGCCCACAUAUGCCAUGCGCACCUUGUCUGCUCUUGCCCUAGCCUCCAGCACAUGUCAUCUGCGCUGAACCACCAUCCCCGCGUUUUGCUCUUGUUCGACGGCCGCUAGGAACCAUGGCAGGCACGCGAGGCCGCUCGCGGAGGACAAGUGACGCCCCGACACCUCGACGGUCACUGCGCAAGCGACACACGCAGGAUGAAGAGCGAGAUGACCUGCCUGAUGUUGUGCGGGAGAUGCUGCACGAGGAGCGCACAGCGAAGAGAGCCGCCGCCGGCGAGGACAAGAAGCCGCUGAAGAAGCGCAAGACUGCGCAUGCACAGCGUUCUUCAAGCCCAGCUCCAGAAAUUCAGCCCUUGAAGCCUGUAGCCAAGCCUGCGACUGCGCGCCACUCCAAACCCGCAUCGCAAACAUUGCCGCCUUCGCUCCUGCCAUACGAGCUGCCGACAAGCAUUGCGCCGCCGCCACAGCCGAGUCGCGUGCGGCAGACGAUCGAGGAUUCGGACGAAUCAGACGAUGAUAGCGAUAUGGAGUGGGAGGAUGCACUGGGCGAUGGCGGGGACAGCGGGUCUGAGAGCGAGGCGAAGGCACCGCCGCAGAUUGGCGAUGUUUCCAUCACAAUAGGCGGGAAGAAAAGUGAGGAGGUCUCGACGAAGAAGAAAGUGCGGCGACGCGCCAUCACUUCAGUCGACAGGAAAAGACGACUGGAUAUACACAAGAUGCACGUUCUGUGUCUGCUGUAUCAUGUCCAUCGUAGGAAUGCCUGGUGCAACGACGCAAGAGUACAGUCUGCAUUGCGCAAGCUGGUGGAGCCAAAGGUGUUGACAAAUCUCGUACCAAUCCCGGACCUCACACAGUACUCGGCUUCGAAACGUUUCGUGGACGCGCUGAAUGAGCUCAAGAUCAUGUGGGCGAAACGGUUCAAAGCCACUGCGCAAGGUAUGUCAAAGCCGAAGUGGGCAGAGCCGGGUGCAGAGGUGCGUCCCUUCUCUGACUUCGAUGAGCUCGACAAUCCCAUGGACAAGAACGACUUCCGCACAGCGGCACGCACACUGCAAGGCUCGUCUGAUGUUGGUGGCCAGCUGUUCUGUGCUCUCCUGCGUGGCAUCGGGAUCGAGACUCGACUCGUGUGCUCGUUACAGGAGCUACCAUUUGCGUCCGCAGCGCAGCCAUCGACCCCACAAAAGCCAGCUAAGACCACAAAAACAAUCACUGUAGACCCAUACAACAAAAUUCCGGCGAAGAGCUCAGCACUUGCACGUAAUAAGAAGCUCUCUCGCCUCGAGCGCAUCAUGGGUGAACGCCAUCCUGUAUUAAACAAAGCUGGCACUGGACCAAAGAGGCUCAAAUCGUUUCAGGCUCCCUAUCCUGUAUACUGGGUCGAAGUAUUCAACUCAGCUCACCAGAAAUGGGUUCCCAUCGACCCACUCUCGACUUUCACGAUCAAUGCCCCAGAAAAGCUCGAACCACCGUUCAGCUAUACACAAAACAGCCUGACCUAUGUCAUAGCCUUUGAAGCCGACUACACAGCGCACGAUGUAACGCGCCGCUACGCCAAAGCCUACAAUGCCAAAACGCUCAAAUUCCGCGUUGAGACCACGUCCCGAGGUGCCCAGUGGUGGACACGUACGCUCCGAUACUACACGCGGCCCUCGCCUCUCCCGCGCGACACUUCCGAGGAAGCGACUCUCGCGCGCAAAGUCGCCGCUGAAGGAAUACCCAAGAACGUCCAGGACUUCAAGAGUCAUCCCGUCUACGUCCUCGAGCGGCAUCUCAAGCAUAGCGAAGUCAUCCACCCACUCGAAAUCGUUGGCAAAGUAAACGUCGGCAGCGCCAUGAACCCACGAAUGGAGCCCAUCUACCGGCGCAGGAAUGUCCAUACUGUACGCUCGGCAGACAAAUGGUACCGACUCGGACGCGACGUGCUGCCAGGCGAACAGGCUCUCAAGCACGCGAAACCCAAAAAGAACCGCCUGCCCUCUAUUGGCCCCGAUGAGCGGCUUGAAGAUGUAGAACCAGGCGAACAAGUCGGCGCGGCGCUGUACGCAGAGUUUCAGACAGAGAUAUACAUUCCACCUCCUGUGGUGCGCGGCAGGGUACCGAGGAAUGCGUAUGGAAAUCUCGAUCUGUACGUCCCUUCCAUGGUGCCGCCGGGGGGCGUGCACGUGCGGCACAAACUCGCCUCGAAAGCUGCACGUCUACUACAGAUCGACUAUGCAGACGCAGUGACAGGAUUCAAUUUCAAAGGCCGGCACGGUACGGCGGUGGUACAGGGCUGCGUCAUCUCCGCCGAGUAUGCAGACGCUGUCGAGCAGACCAUCGAAGGAUUCGAGUACUUGCAGAUCCAAGCCCAGCUGGAUGCGCAUACGGCCGAGUCUUUGAGACUGUGGCGGAGGUUCUAUCUCGGUUUGCGCAUUGCGCAGCGCGUGAAUGCCAUUGAGAUCGAUGGCCAACGGGGUGAUGUGGUCGAUGUGCAGAAGAGUAUCGACUACGAGGAGCAGCGCAGACGAGCUGAUGAAAUGGCUGGUGGUUUUCUGCCCGAGGAUGCUGCGUUUGUCGAGCCGAGCCGGCCGCCCAAGCCAGACAUUGACUUUGGCGGUGGAUUCGUGCCGGAUGACGAGGGCUUUAAUGAAGAAGAAGCCAACGGCGAAGAACGUCAAGGGGUUAGAGAUGCAGAUACGGGCGGUGGUUUUCUCCCGAUCAACGACCGACAGGACAGCGAUUUCGAGCUCGGUGGACCGAGUCUGAAUCGUGAGGAGUCCUUCGGCAGCGUCAUCCUCGAGUCUCAAGAGCUACGUCCCCGUCGACGCUCCUCGUUCGGUGAAGCCUACAUCUCCUCUGGCUCUUCCCCGCAUAGAAAUGGCCUAGAUGAUAGCGAAGACGAGGAGAGCGAGUGGGAAGACCCCGCCGGCUUCGAGAAACUAGAAGGCAAUGUCGAGCUCCCUGAGCACGCUGUUGCACAGCCAGACAAUGCAUACGCCGGAGAAGAUACAGGGGGUGAUUCUCUGCUCCCACCCACAUUCACAGAUACCGACAGCGCCAUGCAUGAUGCAUUUGCGCCGGAGGAGGAGCAGCUCAGAAGGAUUGCGGAGGAUGAUGGCGUGCCGGAUGUUCAGGUCGUGCAUCCGGAGGUCAAGAUUGUACCUACCGACGAGGACCCACCGCCGAUCAGUCCGCUGAAGAGCGAUAUAAGCGACUCAGGGAGUUUACUGCUGGAAGAUCCGGAUGAUGAGGAUGCGGAGCCGGAUUGGUUGGUCGAUGCUACAUGAGAGGUAGUUCAACCUGUAAAUGCAAUAUAUACAAAACAAUACGCUCCCUCCCG